UUGGACGCAAAGGCCAUUGCUAUUGCUAAUGGCAUCACCGCCGACGCAAACACCGAGAUUGUCAUCAUCUGGGUCAACCCCGGUAGCGGUGCGGCCACCACCACCAUCAACGAGAAGGUGACCGUGACCCAGACCGUGACCGUUGGAGGACAGACAUCGACUGCUGUCGCUCCCGGCGCGACACACACCGUCACGGUUGGAGGAGCUGCUGGCCUUGCCUACUCUCCUUCUCAGCUCGACAACAUCCCCAUUGGCGAUACCGUCGUCUUCGAGUUCCAGUCCAAGAACCACACCGUUACCCAGUCUGCCUUCAACACUCCUUGCAAGAAGCUUGAGGGUGGUAUGGACUCUGGUUUCCAGGCCAACCCCAACAACACCGUCUCUCCCCCUCCCCAGGUUGCUAUGCAGGUUAUGGUCUCUACUCCUCUGUGGUUCUACUGCCGACAGGCUGGCCACUGCGGUCAGGGAAUGGUUUUCUCCAUCAACCCUACCGCUGCUAAGACCCAGGCCAUGUUCCAACAGAUGGCCAUUGCUCAGAACGGCACCGGCUCUGCUACUCCCAUCACCGGUGGAAGCGGCGCCCCUGCUCCUCCUCCUGCUGCUCCUCCCUCUGCGACAUCCGCUGCUGCCGCUCCUCCUGCCGCCGCUCCUCCUCCCGCUGCCAGCUCCGGCACUGUCGCCACUGGCUCGGGCAAUGUUGGUGCCGAUGGAAGCUGCUCUUGCACAUGCCAGUGCGCUCCCGGUAGCUUCCCCGUGAACGCUGCCCAGGGUGUUGGCGCUCACGGUGGCUGGGGUGGU